CACUGAGCCAAGUGCCCCAUCCGUUCAUCUAUUUUCUUGUGGUGCUGGGGACUGAAACCUGGGACUUCACACACACUAGGAAGAUGCCCCUCUGUUGAACUCCAUCCCCAAGCCGUGCCUUUAAAUCAUAAUUCAAACAGCACUGAAAUCUGUGAAGCGAAAGAGCUAAUCUUCAUUGCAGUUCUGUCUUUGGAUUUUCCACCACUUGUGGCACUGCACUGCGGAGCCUCCGAUGUUCGGCAGCCCUGGUGUGGGCUGGAACCUGGCUGCGGGAGCAGAGGGUCCUGGCGGCAGGGUCCGCACAGAUCAUGAGUCUCCCAGGCCUCUUCCUGACGGACUCAGGGGAUCUACAGUGUGCGCUGCACUGCUCGAGCAGCUUCCGGUUUCUUUGCAAGUGACUGCCGAGAAAAUCCGCGAUGCCCGAAAACCCCGCCACAGACGAGCUGCAGGUGCUGCGGCGGCUCCAGCGGCUCCAGGCCAAGCUGCAGGACAAGGGGGACACGUCGCAGCAUGACACGCUGUCCACCCUCUGCGACACACUGCAGAGCCCGCUCUUCACGCAGAUCCUCACGCUGCAGCGGUCCCUGCGGCAGCUCAAGAGCCAGCUCGGCCACAGCCCCCCGGUGAGCACUGCCGACUUUGACUUCUCCCGGAAGGGCCUGCUCGUGUUCACCGACCGUACCGCUGCCCCUGGCCCUGCGCCCCGGCCCACCGAUGCCCACACAGCCACCUCCGGUCCCAGCGCUUGGACCCCGCAGUCCCAGUCUGGGGGCGAAGACUUCCACACCACCGUGGAGCGGCUGGCUCAGGGCCGGCAGAUCGAGUACAUAGUCAUCGAGCGGCCGCCCGCCGGGGGCCUGGGCUUCAGCGUGGUGGCCCUGAGGAGCCAGCAGCCCAGAGAGGUGGACGUCUUCGUGAAGGAGGUGCAUCCAGGCAGCGUGGCGGACAGGGGCCAGCGGCUCAAGGAGAACGACCAGAUCCUGGCCAUCAACCACACGGCCCUGGACCAGCGUGUGUCCCACCUGCAGGCCAUCGCACUGCUGCAGCACAGCCCAGGACCAUUGAACCUGGUGGUGGCCCGGGAGCCCGGCCCCGAGAGCUGCGGGCCCCCUGCUGACCCCACGCCCGUCGCAGCCUGCUGGGGCCGCAUGGAGGAGGUGGAGCUCAUCAAUGACGGCUCUGGACUGGGGUUCGGGAUCGUCGGGGGGAAGUCGAGCGGCGUGGUGGUGAGGACAAUCGUGCCCGGGGGGCUGGCAGACCGGGAUGGACGGCUGCAGACCGGGGACCACAUCCUGACGAUUGGUGACACCAACGUGCAAGGCAUGACCAGCGAGCAGGUGGCCCAGGUGCUGAGGACCUGUGGGAGCGCGGUCCGGAUGCGGGUGGCCCGAGAGCCGGCCGGCAGGGUCUCACUUUCACCACCACGCCCGGCUUCUGUCCCCACGUGUGCAGAGCCCGCUGUUGCCUUUCAGGUCGGUCCUUUAUCUGAAGCCUACGACGUAGAGCUUGUGAAGAAAGAUGGACAGAGCCUUGGCAUCAGAAUCGUGGGUUAUGUCGGAACGUCUCGUGCAGGAGGGCCCGCGGGCAUCUAUGUGAAGAGCAUCGUGCCGGGCAGCGCCGCGCAGCACAGCGGCCAGAUCCGCGUGGACGACCAGAUCGUGGCUGUGGACGGCGUGGACAUCCAGGGCCUCGCCAGCCAGGAUGUCAUGCGGGUGCUGCGGAGUGCCGGCCGGGUGGUGCGCCUCACGCUGUGUGCGAUGACAGCUGUGGACGGCGUGGACAUCCAGGGCCUCGCCAGCCAGGAUGUCAUGCGGGUGCUGCGGAGUGCCGGCCGGGUGGUGCGCCUCACGCCUCACGAGCGCCGCUCGGCCCUUCCGCGGCACCCUUUGUUCUGGGCCCUGCUGCCUCGGUCCGACACGGGGCCGCCCCACACGCCAGCCCUCUUCCUAAGUGGAGCAGUGGAGACAGAGACAAACUUGGACGGCGAAGAAGAAGAAACUGGGGACAUGGUGGCCGACUGCCAGCCGGCCAGGACGGGAGCCCCAGGGAGGCCGGAACAAGCCCUGGACUCUGCAGAAAACGAGCUGAAGUCCAGAUGGGAGAGCCUGCUGGGCCCUGACUUUGAAGUCAUGGUUGCUACUCUGGACCCUCAGAUUGCAGAUGACGCUGAGCUGCAGAAGUACUCGAAGCUCCUGCCGAUCCACACGCUGAGGCUGGGCAUGGAAGUGGACUCUUUCGACGGGCACCACUACAUCUCUUCAAUCGCUCCCGGGGGCCCCGUGGACACCCUGAACCUCCUGCAGCCGGAAGAUGAGCUUCUUGAGGUGAACGGCGUGCAGCUCUUCGGGAAGUCCCGGCGGGAGGCGGUCUCCUUCCUGAAGGAGGCGCCGCCCCCGUUCACCCUGGUGUGCUGUCGGCGCCUGUUUGAUGACGAGGUCUCAGUGGACACCUCCGUUCCCGGAGCGCAGGUGGACCCAGAUGUCACCGCCAGCGCUGAGGAGGAGGAUGAUGGAGAACUGGCCUUCUGGUCCCCAGAGGUCAAGAUCGUUGAGCUGGUGAAAGAUAAAGGCUUGGGAUUCAGCGUUCUGGAUUACCAGGACCCCCUGGACCCCACAAGGUCCGUGAUCGUGAUCCGCUCCCUGGUAUCGGACGGCGUCGCGGAGCAGAGCGGGGCGCUAUUACCCGGGGACCGCCUGGUCUCCGUCAAUGAGUACAGCCUGGACGGUGCCACCCUCGCCGACGCUGUGGAGGUGCUGAAGGCCGUGCCCCCGGGCACCGUGCGCCUGGGCAUCUGUAAGCCGCUGGUGGAAGAUGAGAAAGAAGAAAUGUGUUGCGAUCUGCAGUCGAGCAAUGGUGUGGACGAGGCUGGACUCUCGGGAGCAGCUGGAGAUUCCGCGCUGCCGCCCGUGCUCGAAGCGCCCAAGGGAUUUCAAGAUGAACCGUAUUUUAAAGAAGAACUUGUGGACGAACUGUUUCUAGAUUUAGGGCAGACGUUCCGGUCCCAGCAAAAAGAGAUUGACACCAGCCCCGAGGCCUGGGAGAUGCAGGAGUUUCUGAGCCCCGUGCUGCAGGAUGCCGGCGAGGAGCAGGAGAUGCUGGUAGACGAGGAAUACGGGGAGUACGAGCUGUACCCCAACUGCCUUCAGGCCCUGAGGCUGUGCCCUGCCUCGCCUGCCCAGGAGGCCCUGCCGGUGCUGGUCGGCCAGGAGCUGCGCUUGGGUGCGCACCAGUUGCCUGACGACUGCUCCCAUGGUGAUGAGUCCCCGGAGGUGAGGCCGCUGCGGAGCCUGUGCUCCCCCGAGAUGCAGCCAUACAUGAUGGAAGAGCGUUUUGCCAUCGAUCCCCUCCCCACCACGCCCUGCGCCGAGGCUGGCAGCCCGCACGGCGGAUUCGACAGCCUGGAGCGUCUGGGCUCAUCCGCAGCGAGCAGUCUGGAUUUAGGCAUGAUGCUUGCAGAGGAUGCCUCAGGCCCCGGCAUGCUCGUGGACCUCCCCACCAGGGCUCGGAGGAGAGAGCGAGACCCGCCUCUGUACCAGCUCCCCAGGCCCCGCGGGGCCGUGAAGCACCCUGGAGCAUCGUCCACUAGACCCGCCACGGACACAUGGGAGUUGCCUGAGAGAGAAGAAGGCGAAGGAGAAGAAACGCCGAACUUCAGCCACUGGGGCCCCCCGAGAAUCGUGGAGAUUUUCAGAGAGUCCAGCGUGUCCCUGGGCAUCAGCAUUGUUGGUGGACAGACCGUGAUCAAGCGCUUGAGGAAUGGGGAAGAGCUUAAGGGCAUAUUUAUCAAGCAGGUCCUUAAAGACAGCCCAGCAGGAAGGACCACCGCACUCAAAACUGGAGAUAAAAUCCUCGAGGUUUCCGGUGUGGACCUGCAGAACGCCACCCACCAAGAGGCUGUGGAGGCCAUCAAGAGCGCAGGAAACCCUGUGGUGUUUGUUGUCCAGAGCCUCUCAUCCACGCCGAGAGUCAUUCCAAAUCCACAGAACAAGGGCAGCAGAGUGGCCAACAGCCCGGACCCCGGCACCAAAGAGAAGGAGAAGAGGCAGGGAGAGGCCCCGCCCGUGGGGAAGCUGCCGCCCUGGUCUGGAACCCUGGUUGAGACGAGCGAAGAGGAGGAGCCCGAGCCCCCCGAGGCCCAAGAAAAAAUCAGGCAGAGGUAUGCGGACCUGCCCGGUGAGCUGCACAUCAUUGAGCUGGAGAAAGACAGGCAGGGGCUGGGCCUCAGCCUGGCGGGCAGCAAGGACCGGUCCCUCCUGAGCAUCUUCGUGGUGGGGAUCCAUCCAGGAGGCCCCGCGGCUGCUGACGGGAGGAUGCGCGUGGGAGACGAGCUGCUGGAGAUAAACAAUCAGAUCCUGUACGGAAGAAGCCACCAGAAUGCGUCUGCCAUCAUCAAGACAGCCCCACCCAGGGUGAAGCUGGUUUUCAUCAGAAACGAAGACGCCAUCCAGCAGAUGGCCGUGCCCCCGCUGCCGUCCAGCUCGCCGUGCUCCGUCCAGGACACGCAUGGUGCCCAGCCUCUCAGUGGUGAAGACGAUGGUGGUCUGGGAGCCGGCGAAGAAGCCCUGCCCGAGGGCCAGCGCUCCACACAGGACGCCAGUGAGAUGCGAGAGCAAAGCCACUGGACCAGCGCCUCACUGGGCUCUCAGGAGGUCCCGUCGUGCCCCACGGCAGAGGCUGCCGUCGCAAGCUACGGUGGCCCUCAGGUGCCUCUGUCCGUGGACCCUGCCAUGUGCCCCAUCAUCCCGGGCCAGGAAAUGCUCAUAGAGAUCUCCAAGGGCCACUCCGGGCUGGGGAUCAGCAUCGUGGGAGGAAGAGACACGCCGCUGGAUGCUAUCAUUGUGCAUGAGGUCUACGGGGAAGGAGCGGCAGCCCGAGACGGGAGGCUCUGGGCCGGAGACCAGAUCUUAGAGGUGAACGGCAUGGACCUGCGCAGCUGCAAUCACGAGGAAGCUGUCGCGGCCCUGCGGCAGACCCCGCAGCAGGUGCGGCUGGCCGUGUUCCGGGACGAGGGCGGCCUGGAGGUCCUGCCGGUGGACCUGCACAAGAAGGCUGGCCGCGGGCUGGGCCUCAGCAUUGUCGGGAAGCGUUCAGGCCGCGGAGUGUUCGUCUCCGACAUCGUGAAGGGUGGGGCUGCGGACCUGGAUGGGCGGCUGACGCAGGGUGACCAGAUCCUGGCGGUGAAUGGCGAGGACGUUCGCGGUGCCUCCCAGGAGGCGGUGGCCGCCCUCCUCAAGUGCACGCAGGGCCUGGUGCAGCUGGAGGUCGGGCGGUUCCGCGCCGGCGCCUGGAGCUCCCGGAGGACGUCGCGGCACAGCCAGGGGGACCCUCGCGGCACACCUGGCAGCUGUGCACCCACCUUGGCCCCGGUCCUCACCAGCCUGCAGAGCCUGGUCGGAGCGUGGAGAGCAGGCCCUUCACAACAGAGCCCAGGCGCAGACUCGGAGCCCAGGACGGUGGAGAUCCUCAGAGGGCCUGGCGACCCGCUGGGGAUCAGCAUUGCCGGGGGCAGAGGCAGCCCCCUGGGCGACGUCCCGGUCUUCAUCGCCAUGGUCCAGGCCAGCGGGGCGGCGGCACGGACACAGAGGCUGAAAGUUGGAGACCGCAUCGUCAGCAUCAACGGGCAGCCUCUGGAUGGGCUGGCGCACGCCGACGCCGUGGCGCUGCUGAAGAACGCCGUGGGCCGCAUCGUCCUGCAGGUCAUGGCCGACACCAACAUCGGUGCCAUAGCGACCCAGCUGGAGAGCAUGUCCACAGGCCAAUUCCCCGGCUCGCCAGGCGACGACCAUCCCUCAGAGGAUGCAGCGGCGCCACUGCGCUCCACAGCCGCUUGAUCAGAUCCUCGCGGUGGACUCCCAAGCAGCACCCGCGGGCCGCCAUCACCCUGGCCGAGCCGAGCCCAGUCCGCCCGCACGAUGGACC